AAUUGCAUAAAAAUUUUGUCAGCUCCCAACAUCAGGAGAGUCACUUUUUAAUAGCCUAUUUUCCUUAUUUCUUAGUAUGGUUAAAUGAGAGCUAGUAAAAUAUAUACAAAAUCAGUUGUAUAAUAUGACAGCUUUUUCAAGAGAUUUAUUUAUAUUCAUGCUCUUGAUGACUAUAUAUGAAUUACUAUUGUGAAUUACUGAAAUGUUGAACAAAGCCAAAACACUAAUUUAGACCCAACAGUUAAGUUUGAGUCUCUUUAAUGGACUGAAUUUGCACAGUAUCCUUAGUGCAGGUUACUCGCAGAUCCUAGUCUUCACAGGCGCCCUGGGGCUUGUUAGUCACACUGGAAGUCUUGAAUGUCUUUCCAAUAAUUCAGGGAAUUUUAGAGAUCUCUAAACUGUGAGGUCUACUCAUACAGACUAACACAAGGAAAAAAACCUCAUUAAAAUUCAUGGUUAAUCAGGACACAACAUAACCAAAAGCACAGCAAAUAAGUUUUCAUAUUAGGAGGUUCAACAUUGGUUUAAUGUUAGAUAGAUCCAGGGGAUAGCUUUAGAUUUAACUUUGGCUCACCAACCUAACUUUCUAAUCUUUUAUUUCAGUAGUAGCUAGAAAUAGGUGUUAAUGUCUUCCCAGAGAGUCUGGUAUAUGUGUUUUUUGCCAGAAGAGAGGUCUUCGGGAGAUUUUAUUUAAAUUCUGAUUAUUUUAAACUGAGGCUUUAAUGUUAAUGCCUUAUGACUAAAAUGUAAAAUUAGGAUUUGUUGGGGGUGGGGGCUGGGAUGAGGAGUGGCAUUUCUAGGGACUAAUACGUUGAAAUCUAAUUCAGCCUCUAGUAACCUGAAUGGUUUUCAAUGGCAUGAUUAAGUCAAAUUCAUGGUUUUUUAACUUAGAAACUUUUGGGGUAGGAGCGUUUAUUAAUUACAUUUUACUGUUUAAUGUCUUAACGUGGGCCUUUUAAUUUGUAAACAUUGAAAUUAUUGUGGGGCUGUGGAAAACAUUUACCUUUGAAGUUUUAAAAGACAGUCCACUUUUUAGCAUGUGUGUUGUGUCCAGCCUGUGGUUGUCUUAAUAAAUGUGAAUUUUCUCCCCAUUCUCUCUUUUAUUUAUUUGCGUAAUAGGCUUUUUCCCCUGGUGAGAAUUCCUGAGUGUGAAAAACACCUGGUAAUAGUACCCAGCUUUGCAAUUGCUAUAAUGCUUUCCAGCAAUACUGUGCCACUUUCUAGCUUGACUUUUUUUUAACCAUUAUACAUACUUAAGGAAUUACUUCCUGUGCCCGUCCUACAGCACCUUAGCCAUGACCAAAAACUUUAGUAACUGAGUUGCUAAGCUAUUAUCCUUAUAAACUGACCCUGGCAGUCUAGUGCUGCUGCUUUUCUCCUAAGGCCAUUAAUCUGUCAAGUUUCCUAUACCCGGUUUAAGGGGAAGCUAGUACCAGGGAAUCAUGGGCCGUGCCACCUCACUACCUGACCAAUUUUUUUAAGGUCUCUUCCUGUUUAGAUAAAGAUUGUAAAGUCAAGUCUGCCAGGUAAUCAUGGGUCUCUGUUUUGAGCACUCAUAACCCUCAUUGCAUGUUUUGAACCGGUGGAAGGGUCCUCUGGUAGAAGAAAUUAGGGCCUAUACGUGAGUGGUUCUCUGUAUUACCAGGAGGGCUUGCGGGGGUUGGGGGAGCCCUCAGUUCAUCGUUAAUGCAUUCCCUGGUGAUGUAAGUGCUGCUGACUGGGCCGGCCCUUUCCGAGCCACUGCAACAUGCAGGGCGACUGUACCCUGUUACACAGCCCCACCGCACCAUGAGGUUAAGCUUCAACACAACUACUCUGGAAUUAGACCUGCUGGCAGCAACACUGCCUAGAGUUAUGAAGGCCUGGGUCAUCAAACCUCCACAAAGUACUAAAACUGUCUUUUGAAGUAGGAACCAAACUUUAUUUUCGUGACACUUUAGGUUGAAAAAUGUGUAUUUAAAUGGUGACUCGGUGAACACCAAAUUAUUUUGACAGUUUAUCUGGACUGGCAAGAAACUAAGGUAAAGGUGAACAGUGCUAUGGCACGGUAAAUGAAAAGCAGGUGGGGUAACUUUUAUCUGUGCUUAAGAGGAAAAAGAUCAGCAAUUGGGGAGUGGGAGGGAGCGGCGCCAGACGAAAAAUAAGCUAGCUCAGAUAAACCAUAACAUCCCGCAUCACGCAUGGCGGGCGGGGGAAGGCUGUGGAGGCCACAGCCGGAAAGCAAAGAUGCACUUCCGGGGCGGGGCCUGCUGCCCACGUGCACGCUCACUUCCGUCGCGCCUGAGCCGUCGCCGCUACCUGCUCGGCUGCAGUUGUGGCGGUUUAUUGGGAUCAGCCGACUGAUGGGAGCUUGUGCUCUUUAACUCCCGAAGGAGAUGCGCUCUCAUGCAGCAGUCAGAGCCUGCCAUAAAGUCUGCAGGUGCCUGCUGUCUGGGUUUGGCGGGCGAGUAGGUGGGGGGCAGCCGGAGCAGUUGACGGAAAGCGGUAUCUCCCGCGGAGGGCACCUGGGAUCGCACGCUGAGCUCCACCGGGGCAGCGAGCCCACCGAAGCCUCCGGGUCUGGAGAGGGAAGCGAAGAGCUGUUAGAGAUCUGUCAGAGAAGGCAUUUCCUGAGUGGAACCAAGAGGCAGCUUAGCCGAGAUUCUCUUCUGAGCGGGUGCCACCCUGGCUUUGGACCCCUGGGCAUAGAGUUGCGGAAGAAUCUGGCCUCAGAAUGGUGGUCCUCGGUGGUGGUGUUCAGGGAACAGGUCUUCCCUGUGGACGCCCUCCACCAGGAACCAGGCCCUUCACUGCCCGGGGACAGUGCCUUCAGGUUAGUUUCUGCAGAAACUCUACGAGAAAUCUUGCAAGACAAAGAGCUGAGUAAGGAACAGCUAGUAGCUUUUCUUGAGAACUUAUUAAAAACUUCUGGGAAACUACGGGAGAACCUUUUUCACGGUGCCUUGGAGCACUAUGUAAAUUGCCUGGAGCUGGUAAACAAGAGGCUACCUUAUGGCCUUGCUCAGAUUGGAGUGUGUUUUCAUCCUGUUUCUGAUACUAGGCAGAUACCCAAUGAUGUUAAAAGAAUUGGUGAGAAGACUGAAGCUUCAUUGGUGUGGUUUACUUCUCCAAGAACUUCAAGCCAAUGGCUUGAUUUCUGGUUACGUCAUCGACUCCUGUGGUGGAGAAAGUUUGCUGUGAGUCCAUCCAACUUCAGCAGCAGUGAUUGUCAGGAUGAAGAGGGACGGAAAGGAAACAAACUGUACUACAACUUUCCCUGGGGAAAGGAACCAAUUGAAACCCUGUGGAAUCUAGGAGAUAAUGAACUUUUACACAUGUAUCCUGGAAAUGUGUCUAAAUUACACGGCCGAGAUGGACGGAAAAAUGUAGUUCCUUGUGUUCUGUCUAUAAAUGGGGAUCUAGACCGAGGCAUGCUGGCCUACCUCUACGAUGCUUUCCAGCUGACAGAGAAUUCCUUUACAAGAAAGAAAAAUCUUCAUAGAAAGGUACUUAAACUCCACCCUUGUCUAGCCCCUAUUAAGGUUGCUUUGGAUGUGGGAAGAGGCCCAACAGGGGAACUGAGACAGGUUUGUCAAGGGAUAUUUAAUGAAUUACUAGAAAAUGAGAUUUCUGUGUGGCCUGGUUAUUUGGAAACUGUACCAUCCUCAUUGGAACAGCUUUAUUCAAAAACCGUGUACCCUUAGUUAAUUGCUAUAGCAGGAGGGAACAGUAUUCAGUAGGUAUAUUUGAGCACAUAAUAUGUACAGUUACAAGACUUAAUGUCAUGAAGUAUAUAUGCCUCAGUUUACUUAUCGGGGAUGAAGUUAUGUACAUAGCAUGAUUUAUGGAAUGAAGACUGAAGGAAGAUGAGUGAACUGGAUUUCUGCUGGCAUUGAGCUUCAUUCAGAGAAUGAACAGAAGAGAAUUCUAUCCUGAAGGAACAGAAAACUAAUAUUCUCAGGGGUUGGUACCUCUCUUUACCUCUGUUUCUGCUUGAGGUAGAAACUGGCUAUCAUCUUUAGCUCCUUUUCUUCCUUACUCUCCACAUCCGAUCCAUCGCCCAAUGUUGUCAGCCUGCCUCCCAGAUAUAUCUCACAUCCAUACCUCUGUCUUCACUGCCACUACCCAAAUUAAGGUGCCAAAGAUCUCUUACCUGGAUAAUUUAAAUAAUCUCCUAAUCUCUCUGACAAUAGUUUUGCCCUCUACUAUUUCAUUAACUUCUGUUUUUUAAUAAAGUACUCCAGUCUUCCUCCUUUGGGUUUAUUUUGGUCUUUGUUUUAGCUUUUUUUGUCGAAUACAUAUCUUUUGGGUGAAAAGUUGUGAAGCUUUGUAUUUUGCUCUUCAGUACUGUCAUAACUUGUUAAAAUAUACCUUCCAGAUAAUGUCCAUAGAAAAACAGAUUGCUAUAAAUGGAAAUAGAGCAACUAAUAGUUUUACCAUAUAUAAAAUAAAGGGGUGGUACUUGAACUUAACAAUCUUCUCAGAUUCUAAAAUCUUAUCCUCAGGUACCGUGGCUCACGCCUAUAAUCUUAGCACUCUGGGAUCUCUUGGUGGGAGGUGGGAGAAUCUCUUGA